CUCCUGUAAAUUUAGCGCUCACUGAGGCAGGAUAUUUAAUGGGCAAUGGUUGGCAGGCACCCCCCUCCUAAAGACGCAGGGAUACUGAGAGAGGAGAGAGCGGGCUGUUGAGGGCAGUAGGCAAGAGAGAGUCAGAGAGUGAGAGUGGAGUCGUUUUGCUGUGGCUCCUCAGUAAACCCAAGUUGGAGAGAGAGGGCAUUGUAUUGACAGCAGCAUGAUCCUUAUCACAUUUGGACUCUAUCUUCCACUAUUGUUUUGUUAUGUCUUGUCUCAGUCCUCUUUCCUGGACAAUAUUCUCUCAUUCCCAGCAGCUCUCCAACAACAACCUGCCGUGGACCAGCAGAGGAAAUUCAACCCCUGCUGUUUACAGAGUCCACCCCCGCCCCCCCUAUUCCCUCCUCCUCCCUCACUGUGGCACCCCGGUGGUCAUAAUGAGGAGACCAGUAAGGGAGGUGAUCACAGACCAGAUCCAGAUACAGGGACGGAGCUGAAAGGGCCCAGCUGUGUCCCAGGACCCCCUGGCCCCAACGGACCCCCCGGUCCUCAGGGUCCAGCUGGGCUACCAGGUCUGACGGGACCAAAAGGUGAAAAGGGAGAACUGGGACGACCUGGACAAAAGGGUCGGACGGGGCCUCCAGGUCUCCCGGGGCGCCAGGGACCAGCCGGGUGGCCAGGACCAAAUGGGCCCAAGGGGGAGAAGGGAGAUGGUGGAUUGAUGGGAAUACCUGGAGCAAGAGGACCUCUUGGACCUAAGGGUUUACCUGGAUACAAAGGAGAAAAGGGUUCCCGUGGUGACCGUAGUGAGAGAGGGAUGAAGGGAGACAAGGGCACAAUGGGCUUCCCUGGAAUGCUUGGACAGAAAGGGGAAAUGGGUCCAAAGGGAGAACCUGGAAUCUCAGGGAAUAGAGGACCGACGGGCAGACCAGGGAAGAGGGGCAAACAGGGAGGGAAGGGCGACAAUGGGAUUAUCGGCCCUCUAGGUCCAGCAGGUCCUCAGGGGCCCCCAGGCCACCCUGGUCCCCCAGGUCUCCCAGCCUCAGGACUCUACGUGGUUGGAACGAAAGGUGAGAGGGGGCUACCAGGUCUUCCUGGACCUUGCAGCUGUAACUCCAUUAGUGUGAAGAGUCCACAGUUUGAUGAACAUAGUUCCAGGAGCGACUACGCCAAAGUGCCGGCGAUAUUUGUGGUAAACAAUCAAGAAGAACUAGAUCGUCUUCAUACGGACAAUGCCCUAGCCUUCCGGAAAGACCAGAGAUCGCUUUACUUCAAAGACACCAGCGGAUGGCUGCCCAUUCAGACUUCUUUCUUCCAGCUGACGCCGUUCCAGUCUACGGAGAACGCUCCGGAACAGGAGGGUUACUGUGGCGACGGGAUCGUUCAGAUUCCCAAUGGGGAGGAAUGUGACGACGGGAAUAGGAUUGUCACCGACGGCUGCGUCAAGUGUAAACAUGCUUACUGUGGAGAUGGUUAUCGCUACGACGGGGCCGAGGAAUGUGAUGGAAAGGACUUUGGCUAUCAGACAUGCAACUCAUAUCUCCCAGGGUCUUAUGGUCGUCUCAGAUGCACUCCGUACUGUGUCAUUGACUCUACAAACUGCAAGUAUUUCACAUGAGGAGGACCCUGGACACAGCAGUGGGAUCCUUCUUGUCUCGUUUGCUUUGGUACUGAAUAGGAUGACGGUAAUGCAAAUAAAAGAUCAACAACAACACUGCAAACAAGAGACUCAAAAAGGAAGUGUUGACAAACUGGACUAAGCCUGACAAAAUAACUAAAACUACACACACUAACUCUGUUGUAUCGCUGCUGAAGCCAUGUAGCUCCCGAGGAGGGGAGCCGGGGCCGGUAAAACGUCCCCUCAUCCAUUCGCACUGGACAAUUUCACUUUGUCUUAAAUAAAACUCAACUCAAGACUGAAGAGGCUCUGCCCAACUGAUAGGACCAGCCGCUGAACGAGAGGCGGUCAAAUGAGAGACAGCCAGGAAGGGAAAGACAGCCAAUGGGAAAGCUCUGAGAAAGUGAGAGACUCGUGGGUGGAGCCGGAAGCCAUAUUUACCUCGACGUAGAACUGUUAAAGAAGAGAGAACCAGGUCUGAACAAUCAGAAGUAGGGUGCUGUGUAUUUUACUGCAAUGUCAAUGACGUCAUGUACUGUAGCAUUUGCAUGAGGCUGAGAUUGCUGUGAGACCAUGGCCACAGAUGUCAUUACCUAGGCAUUUAACCAAUCACAAUACUUACUAUCGUUGUCAUGAGCUUCGUACUGUGUAUAUAUAGUAGGUAUACGUCUCCAAUUGUACGUAGGGAGUAUAUUGUAUGUUAUAAUUGUACUAAUCAGGACAGCAGGGGCAUGUUAGUACAUGUUAUACAGUAUUCAGGAGGAUUCUGAGAGCCUUGGUCAGUCUGUACUGAAGCCUUGGUCAGUCUGUACUGAAGAGGCAGAUCUUAAGCCUUGGUCAGUCUGUACUGAAGAGGCAGAUCUUAAGCCUUGGUCAGUCUGUACUGAAGAGGCAGAUCUUAAGCCUUGGUCAGUCUGUACUGAAGAGGCAGAUCUUAAACCUUGGUCAGUCUGUACUGUAGAGGCAGAUCUUAAGCCUUGGUCAGUCUGUACUGUAGAGGCAGAUCUUAAACCUUGGUCAGUCUGUACUGAAGAGGCAGAUCUUAAGCCUUGGUCAGUCUGUACUGAAGAGGCAGAUCUUAAACCUUGGUCAGUCUGUACUGAAGAGGCAGAUCUUAAGCCUUGGUCAGUCUGUACUGUAGAGGCAGAUCUUAAGCCUUGGUCAGUCUGUACUGUAGAGGCAGAUCUUAAACCUUGGUCAGUCUGUACUGAAGAGGCAGAUCUUAAGCCUUGGUCAGUCUGUACUGAAGAGGCAGAUCUUAAACCUUGGUCAGUCUGUACUGAAGAGGCAGAUCUUAAGCCUUGGUCAGUCUGUACUGUAGAGGCAGAUCUUAAGCCUUGGUCAGUCUGUACUGUAGAGGCAGAUCUUAAACCUUGGUCAGUCUGUACUGAAGAGGCAGAUCUUAAGCCUUGGUCAGUCUGUACUGAAGAGGCAGAUCUGAAGCCUUGGUCAGAUCCUCUUCAGAAGAACAGUAAAGCUAUGUACUGUACAGUAGUAGCAUUAAGCCAAGAUGACUGCCUGUGGAAAUAGCAGCCAAGCUGAUAGACUGGGAACCCUCACCUUCUGGUAGAACUGAACAGCUGUUGUCCCAAAUGACACCCUAUUCCCUAUGUAGUGCACUACUUGUGACAAGAGUCCUAUGGGCCCUGGUUAAAAGUAGUGCACUAUAUAGGGGAUAGUGUGCCAUUUGGACAGCCAGGCCCGUGCGCUCUUAGCUUUUGAUGGCACUGUACUGUAGUUGAAGAGGGCCGUUCAGAAUGUGGACAUUGUGGGCAAGGUCAAGCUUUGCUUUAGUUUAGAUUGACAUUUCCACGGUUUAACUCAGGAACCUCUAACAUAAUGUUUUCAGAGAAAUCCUCCCUCAUAUCCACUGUAGAACACAGAUGAGACCAAUGAGUCUAUGCUGCACACUGACUGUUACACUGCCCCCCUCCUCACUCAGAUGUGCUUACUGUACAUGUUGAUGACUCGUGCCCUCAGUCCUCCAGGUAAAGAGGAGGACCUCAGUGAACUACUGUCUGCAGGGAGAUAUGACACGUGAAGGCAGGCAAACUGUUAUUAUUACUGCUACUACUACAUGUUCUUAAAUCAUUUCCUCAUUGCAGAACAGGAAGCUUGUUUAGCUGCUAAUUGGUAGGAAGUGAAUUCCGAUAGUUAGGGUGGGAAACCUUAUGACAGUCUAGAAAGCUCUGGACAUCUUCCUGUCUCGUAUUUAUAGCAGCACUCCUCUUGAUACCUCCAGCCUGCCUGUUAUAUAACUGGAGCAGAACUACUGCACCACUCAGUGGAGAACUGAACACUAUAGUUGUAGUCUGCAGUACUUCCUGUAUUCCCUCAGUAGUUUAAGAGAACGUUUCAGGAUAAGCUGUUCUUUACCACAAGCUAUAGGUCGCCGUGCCAACGGAGGCCGACCUUUAACCUCACCCACACUUAGGAAAAUAUUGUUGCUCACGUAAAAGUGGAUGUAUGAAAAUAUGUCAUUUCAAGACUGUUCUAAAUGUUACAUCUGCAUGUUAGUGGUACUGUAAUUUACAAGUUUAAAAUGCAACCGAUUUGCCAAAGGAGACUGUGAAUGAAGCCUACAUGCUGUAAGUAAAUAUUAGUCAACUCUCGACAAGGUAUAUGCUUUUAAAGAAAUAUUGAUGGUUCUUGUUAAUGUAACUGUAUAACUGUAAGGACUGAAUAUUACGUCAACUUUUAUAUGACAGGUAUAAAUGUAUUAUCCAUUGCACCGUGUAUAAACACAUGAAAUAUCCAUUUGUUUGGCUAAUAUGAGUGUACUGUAUGCUGUAGGUACACUGGUAGCAUGUGAUAACAUUACACAAUGCUUUUUGGUGGUGAAUGCACUCGCAUAUCAGGAUUUCAAAACUCCUCUCUGAUUUCAUAAUUAAAACAUGUUUGACACAGACAUGCAUUAUUGAGAACAAAAUAAAGAUGAGAAAAUGGAA